UGGCGCCAUCUAUAUAUAUAUAUAUAUAUAUAUAUGUGUGUGCGCGCGCGCGCACGCGAGGGGUGGGGAGGUUGAAAGGCGCUUCAGCUCCUCCUGGAGAGCUAUCACAGGAUUAACGUUUACACCGGGAACGGUAGCGAGCCUACGGAGUGUCUCUGGUUGUUUUGGCCAGUAAUUUAACGUCUCCUGAAUGCCGCGGUUAGUGAAGCGAAGUGGGCUGGCCGCUCCAGCUCUCGGUGCCUGGGCAGAGGGCGGGGAUGUAAUGGGCUGCAACCCUCCGGGAGAAGAGCCCAUGGAAGUCGAUACGCCCGGUGUUUGUGGACAGAAAGACUCCUUUAACGCUGCCGCUGCCGUGUCGAGGCAGAGCCGGGUGCUGGCACCGCCGGUCUACGGUCAUUCCCGGAGUAACAAGUGGCCAGCCCGAGUCUGCUCCAUGUUGUGCUGCAUUGUAAUGAUAUCGUUCAUUGCCUUUCUCCUAGCGAUUAUGUACAUAAUCGUCAAAGAUUUAAGUUGGGACAAAGAAAACAGUGAGGAUGGCGUCAAGACUGGUAUUUUAGGUUUUUGGGGCUCGUUGAUUUUGGCUUUAAUUGCUGGCUUGUCAUGUUGCAGUUUCUCAUGGACAUUGACGUAUUUUGAUUCAUUUGAACCCGGGAUGUUUCCACCAACACCCCUGUCGCCUGCCCGAUUUAGGAAAUUAACAGGCCAUUCGUUCCACAUGGGCUACAACAUGGCAAUCCUGAAUGGCAUCACCACAGCUUUGGCUAUAAUUUGGUGGUUCACCUGAAAUCAACUUUGCCAAUAGCACUGACCACUGCUGACCUCUAUCCAAACAAGAAAGCUUUCUUCUAGAAAUAAUGGCACUCCUGAGAGGACAGUUCAAAAUGAAGUUACAGUAACUGUUUUACUUUCUUAAAUGCAUUUAACUCCAAGAUGAACUUGUAAAUACUGUUAACAUCAUUCUAUCGAAAUUAACUUCAGCAUUAAUGCUGUUCUUUCUCAUUCUUUUCAAUUGUCUUUUUAAGUUGAAGUUUAAAACCUUUUAUCUAUUUGAGAAUAUAACCUUUUUUUGGAUUGGUAGAGAAAUUGUCAAGAUUGUUUGGGCAAGAGCCCUAAAUCUUAUGAUUCCCAAAUCCACUUGUGACUGUAAUCCUUCACUAUAAAUGGGAAUUAAGGAUUGUAAUGGUAUGCUUGCCUUUUUAACGUGUAUGAAUUGCAUUUGUGCAAGCUUCAUACUAGUGACUUCCUGGAUAUCCAAAACAAUUACAGCUUCAGGUAAUACUUUUUUGUUGGUGACCUCUGAUCUUGCAAAAACUUGACCUGCAGGUGUGUGUUAUUUUAAUAAUUUUCUUUAUCCUUUCCACUCUGCUACUAGAAGUAGACAGAAGGACUGUCAUCUACUGGUCGCUAAACACUAAUUCAUUGGCACACUAACUUAACUGGUUAGAUCAGAUCUAUUUGCACUUCAGCUCCUUAAAUCUGUCAUUAUCAUCUUGUGUGUUAACAUGACUGGGGAACUACCUCUGUCUUAUUUUAAAUAAAUUUGAGAGGCACCUGUAAUAAAACUAUUUCAGGAAAUUGUUGCCAUAAGCAUGGACAUUUUAUCUCUAUUCUUAAAACCACUUCACAAUAUUCUCAUUAUAUUUUAUUGCUUAGUGUUGCCAUCAACAUCUUUUAGUACCUUUUUUCAGAACUAUGGUUUAAAUAUUCAGUCGUCAUCCAAAAUGCUUAAGACUUUUGCAUAACUAAUUGCUACCAAUACUCUCCAAUUAUUGUACAAAUCCAAUUAGGUUUUGAUACAAUCUUUGUAGUGACACCUCAAUAAUACAAUGAGUCAAUUUCUACAUGGGACUGAGGCUCACUAUUGAUGAAUUGUUAUUUGUGCUACAUAAUUUUUUUCUAAUAAUAGAUGUCUUAUGGCAUUGCUCAUGGGCAAAAAAAAAUCCUCUUCCUUCUACUUGUCUUUAUUUCACUUUCUCUUUCCCUUCUCCCUACACCCCACCCUCCUCUCACUCUUGGACUGUACCCAGAGCCGCACUUGUGGUUAGUAUUGGUGCAUCAAAGCUACUACAACAUAUGCCUGUAAGAAUGCCUGAAGGAUUGGGCGAGAGCAGAAUGGACUAGGAUCAGUUGGAACUUUGGUGGACUGUGGAACAUGCCUCUGAGACCAUAAGACAUAGGAGCAGAAAUUAGGCCAUUCGGCCCAUCGAGUCCUCCGCCAUUCAAUCAUGGCUGAUAAGUUUCUCAACCCCAUUCUCCCGCCUUCUCCCUGUAAACUUUG